CAUGAUUGUCCGAGUGAUUCCGAAGUUUAAUUUCCGGUUUAAAAAUUAUCCUGCCGAUAAAAUAUUAUUAUAAUUUGCCUUUUAUUGUGAUCAUAGUUUCAGCUCUUAAAGAAAUGUGAAUAGAAAAUCAUUAACAUGGGACUGUAAACUACAUCUUUACAAUUGUGUAAAUUAAGCUGCUCUAAUAUGAAGCAACCAGAUGAAGACUUGUAAAAAAUGGCAGGCGAGACUCGCACAGCUGCUACCAGCACCUCUGCCCCAGGGUCAUCAGGGUUAAUGGAUAAUGGUUAUUUGCAGGAAAAACUUAAUGAUGCUCAGUUAAAAUUUGAGAAGGCGUGUCAACAGAUUGUGCUAUUGGACCAGAAAAUCAAAGACUUAGAAGUACGCUAUAAGCGUGCGCUGAAAAACAAGAAAAACUCAUUCAGAUAUAAUUUACGUUUACGACUCUCCGUUGUGACAGGUGUAAAGAUGAUGUAUCAUCAUUAUGCAAGUACUAAAGCUGACGAGUUACAUCGGCUGCAUAGACAGAGACAUUCUGUGAUGAGGAAUCCGUCGGAUACAGCCGAUACAAGCUCAGAUACAAGAGAAGAUGUUUAACACUUAAUUACCUGCUGGAUUUCUUAAUCCCGUGCUAAUUAAUUAAUUAUUUCAUUUUUAACGGACUUGUCCAUCUCUCAAUUUGGGCAAAAUCAAUUUGUCAAUUUUUUUGGAAGUAUGUUUUAAAAUUAAAUAUUGACAGACUUACUGCAGAUUAAAUAGCAAAAAAUAAAUCCUGCAGAUGGCAGAUCAGAAUUCAGAUAGUGUACAUGUGUAAAACUAGUUCCCACCAGCAGACUGCAUUCUUAAUUUGACUUGUCCAGCUUUUAUUUUUAAACCGCCUGGCUAUAUACUGAUGGCAAAGGCUUAUCACUUUUGGCUUCAGAAUUGAGCAAGUUAAACUGUUAAUAGUGAAAAGUGAAUUAUAUAUGCAUUAAAACACAUUCAUUGAAACUUGAACAGUUGGAUAUACAUAUAUCGGAAUUAUAUGUCAAUGUGAAAGUCAAUCUUUACUACUUAAGGCUAUAAUCAUUAUCUUAUCAAAGCUUCAUUCAUAAUUUCAUUACAUAUUUUUUUUACAAUUUU